CGCACCGCACAGCCGCGCACCGGCCCGCCACGGGCGCCCUGCCGCCUGCGGGACCGGAUCCCGGCCUCCCACCCCCCGAGCCGAAGAGGAGCCCGGCCCCGUCCCAGCUCUGGCCCCCCACCCCAAGCAGCAGCCUCCGUGGGGCCGCCGCUUCGGCGAGCAGGCCGCCCCCUCCGCCGGCCCGGCCCAAACGCCAUGAGCCGCCGCACUCCUCAUGACGGCGAAACCUGCUCUCCACUUUCUGUACUCGUGGAAGGGAGUCUUGCUUACAUGCCUACCAGCCGCUAGGACCAGGAAGAGGAAAGAAAUGAGCCGUCAGACUGCUACAGCACUACCUACCGGGACUUCAAAGUGUACGCCGUCCCAGCGGGUGCCUGCCCUGACUGGCACAACAGCUUCCAACAAUGACUUGGCCAGUCUCUUCGAGUGCCCCGUCUGCUUUGACUAUGUGUUGCCCCCCAUCCUCCAGUGUCAGAGCGGCCACCUUGUCUGUAGCAACUGUCGCCCAAAGCUCACAUGCUGCCCAACCUGCCGAGGCCCGUUGGGGUCCAUCCGCAACUUGGCCAUGGAAAAAGUUGCCAAUUCCGUACUGUUCCCAUGUAAAUAUGCCUCUUCUGGAUGUGAGAUAACUCUUCCGCACACAGAAAAAGCAGACCACGAGGAGCUCUGUGAGUUUAGGCCUUAUUCCUGUCCGUGUCCCGGCGCUUCGUGUAAAUGGCAAGGUUCUCUGGAUGCUGUCAUGCCGCACCUGAUGCAUCAGCAUAAGUCCAUCACAACAUUACAGGGAGAGGAUAUAGUUUUUCUCGCCACAGACAUUAACCUCCCUGGGGCCGUUGACUGGGUUAUGAUGCAGUCUUGUUUUGGCUUCCACUUCAUGUUAGUCUUGGAGAAGCAGGAAAAAUACGAUGGUCACCAGCAGUUCUUCGCCAUUGUUCAGCUGAUAGGAACACGCAAGCAAGCUGAAAAUUUUGCUUAUCGACUCGAGCUAAAUGGUCAUAGGCGGCGAUUGACUUGGGAAGCGACUCCUCGAUCUAUUCACGAGGGAAUUGCAACAGCUAUUAUGAAUAGUGACUGUCUAGUUUUUGACACCAGCAUUGCACAGCUUUUUGCGGAAAAUGGCAACUUAGGCAUCAAUGUAACUAUUUCGAUGUGUUGAAAUGGCGAUCGAACAUUUUCAGGCCAGUGUUUAAAACCGUUGCAUUUAACGUCACAGAAAAUAGGGUAACCAUCUCUGACUGCCAGAUACAGACGAUUUUGGUAGACGGAAGCUAGACGUGUGAAGGUGAAUACGAGGAAAGGCUGUUUAAAAUUACAGGAAGCAGUUGCAUGUAGUAACACUAAUAUAUUUAAAAAUAUGUCAACAGUAAACCACUGAAAAUAUAUAUACACCCAAAAUGGGCAUCUUUUGUAUUAAGAAGAAAGUUAAUUCUACAGGAAAUGUUGUAAAAUAAUUCUAAACUUGUGUUUGUAGAUUGAUUGUACUGUUGAAGAGAAUACUGUUUUUGUGUUUUUGUUUGUGUUUCUCCCCCCCCACCCCCCUCGCCCCCCUUGACUGACAAGCCAUGUUGAGUGGUCUUUGACCGCUGCUUCCCCCCCGCCCCCCUUUGUAAGUCACUACAUAGUAUUGCUGCUGUUUGUGUAUAUUUUUUUUGGUGUAUUUGCUAAUUUUUAUUAACUUCUAGUUUUUCAUUAAAUAAAUUUGACUUUCUUUUCUGUAAUUCAGGUUUUCAAUUUUUUUGUACCUUUUAAAAAAAAAAUUACAGGUGUCUUAUCUUUUCGAUAUGCAUAAUUGUUUAUGGUAAAGUUUAUACAUAUGUAUGUUUGAUAAAUUUUUUUCUUUCCUCUCCUCCCCCCGCCGCUAAUCAGUUCAUUGGUAAGAGUAAUUCAGUGAUUUUUGUGACGAUUGAAACUCUUAAAAAGAGCAAUUUCAUUGGAAGAAUGAUCACAAAGGAGCUCUUUACAGCAGAGGUAGACACUUUUUUUUUUCGUUUUCAUACCAUCAGAUCAACUCUAGGAAGGAAGGGAUAGUAGGGAAUAAGUCUAAUUAAGAUCCAGCAUAUUUUUCCAAAAAAAUAAAAAGAGAAAGCGAACAUUUGUUCAAAAAUUCUUGUAUUUAUUGGUUUUGCCAAAAAAGCAUUGUCUUAUUACAGUAUUUGUAAUUAAAAGCAAUUCAUUUGUUUCAAAAGAAGGCAGUCUGAAAAUAAGAUGUUCAAGGUCUUUUAUAAUUCUGUCAUUAAAAGAAUACCUGGCAAACUAAA